AUGGCGACAGCAAUUGACCAAGUACGCGAGAGUGCACAGCGAGUAGUGGAAAGCGGUGCGAUAAAAAUUUCAGACGAAGCAAUAUCGACGCUGCUGACGGCAAUAAAUCCUAGCACGUUUACCAAGCUUUCAAAUAACCACGGCUACAAUCUACCACUCAAGUACUCAUCUAUUGAGGAAGAAUUGUGUAUCGUUGGUCUGCUCACCGCCCUCAAUUAUGGCAGUGGAUAUCGAUCAAUUCUGCACAAACACACUAAAAUGGGUGCAUUUGAUAAUAUUAAAAGGUUUAUUCUCGCUCUCUUCCUCUCGAAAGACAGCGGUUUCCUCACUGCCGAUGGCCUGGCAAACUUCACGCUUGACCACACAAUUGAGCUGAUGAAUAUAAAUCCAUUCAACGAGCACCCGCAUCCUACACUCCCAGGUGUCGUAGUAGGCGAGAAGGAUGAAAUGGCGUUCGAGUUUAUAACGCUGGUAAUGAGCACACUUAACGAGAUAGGCAGCACCCUCCAACAGCUAGGUGUUGAUUGUUUCGGCAGCUAUCUCAAACAUACCUUCUCCAAAGCGAACGAUGCCAACGAUGUAGUCAUGGAGCUCGUCACUCGUUUCGACUGCUUCCGGGAUGAAUAUGUUGUUAGUAUCGACGAUAAGCCCAUCACCGUGAAGCUGUACAAAAAGGCCUUGCUUAUGGUAGAGGUAGUUAAUACAGUACUCAAGAAACACUCGCUCACUCCCGCAACCGCCAAAUUGCCCAUUUUCGCUGAUAACGUUAUACCCUCAAUGCUGCUGCAUUGGAAUGUGAUUGAGAUUCCCGAAAAUAGCGAGAUAUUUGGUGCAGAAGUUAGACACGCUUUCAGUCACACAACUGAGAAAUACGAGGAGAUGGUCGAUGGAUUGCGCGAAGAGCAGAAGAAAGAUUUACUUGGCGAGAAAGUUGCUGGUCCUGCUCUAACCCCCCUUCAAGCGUGCAUUCUGCGUUCAUCCGCCGUAGAAGCUAUAAGAAGAAUGUCUGUGCGUAGUACGGCCACUGAGGUCGAAUAUGACGGCUUUAUUUGGUCUGUCAGUAAGCAAGGCCAAUAUAGGUCUUUAGUCCGUUUCUCAGAAAUACGAACAGUGUAUUAUUAG